UUUGACAUAAUAAUGACAUUGUCAAUAACACGUGCUAGAUUUUGUGGUUGUUCUUUACAAAUACAAAACUUUAAAAGUAUUUUCUGUGUAUAAAUAUUGUAAGUUAAAUAUGGGCAAGAAAAGGAAACUUGGUGUGAAAGAUGAUGAAUUUGAAUUCGAUCCGAUACCAAGACAUUUAGUGACUUCGCACAUUAAAAAACAAGAAAAACGUCUCAUUGUUAUUUUGGAAAACGCUCAGCUUGAGACAGUAAAGACCGGCAACAGUUUCGAGUUAUUGAACUGUGAUGAUCAUGCAAACAUACUAAGAAAGAAUGAUCGAGACCCUGGCUCCUGCAGACCUGAUAUCACUCAUCAGUCAUUGCUGAUGUUGAUGGACUCUCCUCUGAACAGAGCUGGUUUGCUGCAAGUUUAUAUCCACACAGAGAAGAAUGUUCUCAUAGAAAUCAACCCACAAACUAGAAUACCUCGCACAUUUAAACGUUUUGCUGGUUUAAUGGUUCAACUUCUUCACAAAUUUGCAAUAAGAGCUUCAGAUGGUCCAAUGAAGUUAUUGAAAGUUAUAAAAAAUCCAGUCACUUCACAUUUACCCGUUGGUGUAAGAAAAGUGACAAUGUCUUUCAGUUCAAAAGUUGUGAAGAAUUGUAGAGAGUUAGUACCUAAGGAUGAGCCUAUAGUCAUGGUUAUUGGUGCCAUGGCUCAUGGCAAAGUGGAAGUAGAUUAUUCUGAAGAUGUUAUAUCAAUCAGCAACUAUCCAUUGUCAGCUGCCUUGACCUGUGCUAAAUUGUGUACCGCCUUUGAGGAAGUUUGGGAUGUUGCAUAACAAUAAAAACGUUGACAAAUUCAA